CAGGGCAGGGCAGGGCAGGGCGGACAGGAGGCUCGAGCUUUCUGCGCUUUGCGGGCGGAAUCGUUAUUUCACAACCGAAGCAUUUGUUUGUGACGGGGGCGCGUGCGGGGGUUUGGCGGUGUGUUUAUGUGGUGUGAGUGUUGCUUGGGCGCGUGCGCUAAUUUUAGCUCAGUCACUUUAGUCGAUGACCAAAAAAACACAAAGCCACCCGGAGUUUAUCGCGAUUUAAAAUGGAAUAAAUGAAUAAAACAGUGUUUUUGUCCUGUGAGUGGGGAAUGGGAGUCGAUUCGGACAGGCGGAGACACGGAACGGGGUUCAAGCUAACGGCUUUGCUGAAUAUAGGGCGGGUGGCACAGAGAGACAGCUAGCAUGCUAGCAAGGGCUAAUUAGCAAAGCUAGCUGACAGACUUAUUAUUCUGACUAUUUCUUCUUUUAUCGCUUCAGUGUGUGAGAGAAAUGUUGAUAUUCACACCUCCUUCAUGUUGCUAAUGCAGCUUGUUAGCUAACCCGGGCUGUGCUUGAGCCGUGCUUCAGUGUCGAGUUUGAUUCUAAAUUUAAAAAUAAAAUAUCCUUCAAACACAAACCCGUACUUUCACUCUUCAUCCCUGUUUCCUCCAUUUUCCCUGUUUUUGAGAGACUCAGUGUUGAGUGAGGGCAGGAAGUGACUCUCAGCUCAUUCCUCAGGAGUUAAAGUUCCACGCAAUUUUCGUCUGUUGGAGGAGCUGGAAGAAGGCCAGAAGGGAGUUGGCGAUGGCACGGUGAGCUGGGGCCUGGAGGAUGACGAGGACAUGACCUUAACACGGUGGACGGGAAUGAUCAUCGGACCUGCACGAACUAAUUACGAAAACAGGAUAUACAGCCUGAAAGUGGAGUGCGGCCCUAAGUAUCCUGAAGCACCACCGACUGUUAGAUUUGUAACAAAAAUUAGCAUGAAUGGAAUAAAUAAUUCCAAUGGGAUGGUGGAUGCACGUAGCAUACCAAUUCUAUCAAAAUGGCAAAAUUCAUAUAGCAUUAAAGCCGUUCUUCAAGAGCUUCGGCGUCUAAUGAUGUCCAAAGAGAAUAUGAAGCUUCCUCAACCGCCUGAAGGACAGACGUACAGCAAUUAAUUGUAAAAGAUUGUUUUUGACCAUCUGUCUUAAAAAUAAACAAAAAAAACCCAACAAAACCCCCCCCCCCCCCCCCCCCCCACCUUACUCUGUUAGUCUCAUGUCAGCGGAGAUAGAGAAAGAAAGGGGGAAAAAAAGUCAAUUUGUUCACUCUGCGCAUGAACAGACAUCGUUCCAAGGGCAGGAUUGGAGAUUUCAAACUCGUUUAGCUUCUCAGAGAAAACGUGAGUCACGGCGUGAAAUUGAAAUACAACAGAGUGCACACGUUCACACAUUUUUCUCCUCCAGGAAUGUUAUGUCAAGCUUUAUUGUUUCAGUAUUUUUUUUUUCACAUCGCCACAAAAAAAAAAAGAGGCAGGAUGGACGUUUUGAAGUUAAGAUUACCUGGUGGCAAAUAACUUGCUGAAAAAGAUGCCUAUGUGAAACGACAGCAUGAUUAGUUUGGAGGGGGAGAAAUACAUAAGUGUAAUAAAUUAUCUGAAUGAUAGAAGCCUUUGUGAUGAUUAUACUAAAGUGUGCCUGUAGUCUGUAGUAUCACAAACUGAAGGGGUGGCUGGUUCUUUUUUUUUAUUUUUAUUUUUUUUAAAUACUACUUGUAUGACAGUUGCCGUUUGAUUCUCAUUGCGCUGUUUUUGUUCAAUUAGACCGUUCAUUUAACUUGUGUAGAAAACGUCAGGUACAUAAACAUUGAUCAAGCCCGUAUCGAUCUCUCUCACACACUCGCUGUACGUCUACACCUCGCUCAUUGCGGAUUAAACGUUGAUUUACUGUACGAAGUGACGCAAUGAACUUUUUGAGGAUGUUCCCCAGCACACCAUCACACCCUGACUUCCUCCUUCACGCAGUUUCAUGAUGAUAUUGAAUUAACCAUUGCUGCUCUUUUUUUCCCUUUUAACCACACCGCCACUUCCUUAAUCCCUGGCUAAACUAAACUUUCACCUCGAAUCACUUAUCUGAGCCUAUCAUGAGCCUCAUUUUGAGUAAUCUGAAGCAGUACACUGUAAUAACAAAUAGCUAACGUAGUCGUUACUUGUUAAUAAGCUAGGAAAGCUUAAAGGUGGGUUGUUUUUUUUUUUCUUCUCUGAAAUCAAUCAGAUACCCAACAAAGUGUGGACACCAGUCGCUUUAACACAUCUCAAACAUUUUGGUCCCUUUUUGUCUUUUUUUUUUUUUUUAAGAUAUAUAUUCUGGUUCUGUUGAAUAUGUGACACCGGGGCUGUAUUCAGGAUAAUAAAUAUUGUGGAACACAAA